GUCGCAGCAUGUUUUCUGAACGCUAAAAACGAGCAGAACAUUCCUUCCUUUUGCUGUAGCCAAACCGGCCUACAAGAAGAAUCUUUCGACGCGGGCUUUCGUCAGUUUCCCGAACCUUAAUUCAAGUGAUUUUUAUAGGCAACGGUUCGUGAGUGAUCAGAAUGACUAUCGGAUACUUGUUACGUUUUCGUCCAUCGGUGGCGGCCGCAAAAUCGGUACUAAAUGGCACGAUACAGCCCUUUUCAAGUCACGCCGCCUUCGCCGAGCACAAAGCACUGGAGAGGAUUCGAAACAUCGGCAUAUCGGCACACAUUGACAGCGGCAAGACAACGCUGACGGAACGUAUAUUGUUUUACACCGGUCGUAUCAAGGAGAUGCACGAGGUCAAGGGAAAGGACAACGUCGGCGCCACGAUGGAUUCGAUGGAGCUAGAGCGGCAGCGGGGUAUUACCAUUCAGUCGGCAGCCACCUACACAAUUUGGAAGGACCACAACAUUAACAUAAUUGAUACGCCGGGUCACGUGGAUUUUACCGUUGAGGUCGAGCGUGCCCUGCGCGUUUUGGAUGGCGCUAUACUAGUGCUGUGCAGUGUUGGUGGAGUGCAAAGUCAAACGCUGACUGUGAAUCGACAAAUGAAAAGGUACAAUGUGCCAUGUUUGGCUUUUAUUAACAAACUAGAUCGAAUGGGAGCCAAUCCGUACCGGGUGUUGGGUCAGAUGCGGUCCAAAUUAAACCAUAACGCUGCUUUCAUUCAACUUCCGAUCGGCGUGGAGAACAAUUGCAAAGGGAUCGUUGAUUUGGUCAAGCAGAGAGCUCUCUAUUUCGAAGACAACCUAGGUCUAACGGUGCGAGAGGAUGAAAUUCCUCAGGACAUGCGAGUCGAAAGUGAUGAACGACGGCAUGAAUUGAUUGAGCAUUUGUCCAAUGUGGAUGAUGGGAUCGGAGAACUAUUUCUCGAAGAGAAAACCCCGUCGGAGAAAGAUAUCAUGGCAGCCAUAAGGCGGGCGGCUUUGAAAAGAAUGUUCACACCGGUGCUGGUAGGAACGGCAUUGAAGAACAAAGGCGUCCAGCCGCUAUUGGAUGCUGUUUUGAAUUAUCUUCCACAUCCAGGAGAAGUUGAAAAUAUUGCCUUGAUUGAAAAGAAGGGCGAAGAGCCGCAAAAGGUGAUACUGAAUCCAGCUCGGGAUGGAAAAGAUCCGUUUGUAGGAUUGGCAUUCAAGUUGGAGGCUGGACGAUUCGGUCAGCUGACAUAUCUGCGUUGUUAUCAAGGCGUUCUUAAAAAAGGAGACAACAUAUACAAUGUUCGAUCGGGGAAGAAAGUUCGGUUGGCUCGAUUGGUUCGACUUCAUUCUAACAACAUGGAGGAUGUCAACGAAGUGUACGCUGGAGAUAUAUUUGCCUUGUUCGGUGUCGACUGUGCUAGUGGUGACACUUUCGUAACCAACCCGAAACUGGAACUCUCUAUGGAGUCCAUUUUUGUGCCAGAUCCGGUCGUAUCUAUGGCGAUCCAACCAACCAAUUCUAAGGAUCGAGACAAUUUUUCAAAAGCAAUUGCGCGUUUUACCAAAGAAGAUCCAACAUUUAGGUUCGCUUAUGACACCGACGUUAAAGAAACCUUGGUUUCCGGAAUGGGUGAGCUUCAUCUGGAGAUUUACGCCCAACGAAUGGAACGUGAAUACAAUUGUCCGGUGACGCUAGGAAAACCGAAAGUGGCUUUCCGGGAAACUUUAAUUGCUCCGUGUGAGUUUGAUUAUCUCCAUAAAAAGCAAUCCGGUGGCCAAGGGCAAUAUGCUCGAGUAACGGGUGUUCUAGAACCACUUCCCCCUCACCAGAAUACGGAUAUCGAGUUUGUGGAUGAGACAAUUGGCACCAAUGUUCCGAAACAGUUCAUUCCCGGUAUUGACAAAGGUUUCCGGAAGAUGGCGGAAAAAGGUUUGCUUUCGGGUCAUCGAUUAUCGGGUAUUAGGUUCCGGCUCAUAGAUGGUGCGCAUCAUAUCGUGGAUUCUUCUGAGCUUGCUUUCAUGCUGGCAGCGCAAGGAGCUAUCAAAAGUGUGUUUGAGAACGGUAGUUGGCAGAUUUUGGAACCGAUUAUGAUGGUGGAAGUAACGGCCCCAAAUGAGUUCCAGGGUGCAGUGAUAGGGCAGCUGAGUAAGCGGCAUGGUAUCAUUAUGGGAACGGAGGGUGCAGAGGGUUGGUUCACGAUACACGCCGAGGUGCCGCUGAAUGACAUGUUUGGCUAUGCGGGUGAGCUGCGCUCGAGUACGCAAGGCAAGGGAGAAUUCAGCAUGGAGUACAGUCGGUAUUCGCCUUGCAAGCCAGAUGUGCAGGAAAGGUUGAUGCAGGAGUACCAAGUAUCGCAAGGCAUUGUUGUGGUGGACAAAAAGCAACAGAAGAAGAAAAAUUAAGUUUGCUGUGAGAAGUAACACGGGUGCUGAUCUGUAUAUAAUUAUAAUAAUUGUAAUACUAACUGAAAGUAUCAAGAUUAGGCUAUGCUAUUGGUGUAAAACAAGGUUGACUCACUCUAUGAAAUAUUGAGUGGAAGUUGAAAUCGAAA